AUGCGUGAGUCUUCCGCCGAUGCAGGCCGAUUGGGAUCCCAGCAGUCAAACCACUGCAUUCCCAAUAGCAUCGGCUUGGAAUUGAGGGUGACAAGGGAAAGAACCAUCUACAUAACUAAGAAGGUCAUAGGUUAUAAGCACUGGUUUGAAUUGGAACUUCUAAAGAAGUGGUGGAGUCCAGUUUUAGUGAAAGGACGAUUUAGCGAAAGCAUAGCCUCCAUGGCAAGUGCAUUGAUCGAGACAACAACAAACUAUCAUGGAACUCUCCUUAAUCUUUCUUCUCUAAAAAUGGUAGAGCCACAGGUCUACUCCCCUACCGAGAAAAGUCGUCAAUCCUACUCUCAGUGGUUAGCCAGGCCUUUCUUUCCUGGUCUCGAUAUGCUUCGAUUUCUCUAUGGAUCGGCAUUCUUUUUGGAAGUUUUCAGUCUUCUCUGUAGUCAUUCCUGUGCUCUUCCCGAAAAAGACCCGAAAGGAGGCUUUUUGCAUAAAGAUGCAGUGCUUCAAAGAGGGUUUGUCUCACAAGAGACUAGCACCCUUUAUCAACCUAAUCAGCUUGCAUCUAGGAUUCAGACUAGCCCACAAUCUCAAAGCAAUUCCUCCUAUCAGAGUCAACCCAUGUCACAAACCAAUCCCUUUCAUCAAAGGAAAGACCUUCAAGAGUUCAGCACUACCAGACUACGGCCUCUACUCAGACAGGUCUACAGGCGAAUUCGCAGUUUCAGCAGCAAGAAGUCCAGCAGACUGAGCUUCAACCCAGGAACUGAGAAUGAACCCGACACAGAGGAUUCCCGUGAACCAACGAAGAGUGGCGAGAUGCUAUUCUUAUUCUUUGAGUUCACGAAAAUGAUACGGAGAAGAGUAGUGACAAGUCUUGCGCCUUCCCUUCCGCUUACACCCAUUUAG